CCCUCUGCAGGAUCCCCCCCAAUUCCCAGCCACCUCCAGAUAUGUGUCACAGCACGACGUCACCGGAUGGCAGUCUUUACAAGGAGCUGAGUGUCAUCAGAGCUGCUGGAGUGUGGGAGGAGGAAUUGCUAUAAAGCAGAGGUAGACACAGGCAUUGCCAGCUUCAGAGAGGCAGAAGAAGAGAACAGACACCCCACUCUCCAGUGUCUGGAUCAGAAAGCAAUCUUCUGCCCCCCACCCAGAAUUAUCUUCAUUUUCUUUUCUUUGGAAAGCAUCAUUUUUGCUCUCAUUAUGUCUGGAAACCAGGGUGAGGACCAUCUGUGCAGCUAUGAGGAAGCCAUGAGCCAGGGAGCCUUCUUCUAUGAAGGAAUGUCUCAACCCUCUGCUACCAGUGGACCCCAAAAGAGGACCAGGCUGAACAGACUCAGGAUCCAGCCCCUCUCAUUUGAGGAGAUCAGAGAGGUGGAGGAGGAAGGGGUUUCUCCCAGUGAAGAAGAGAAGGCAAGGAAAACCUAUCUCCAGUCUCUGGAGUCACUCAGGAGAGGAUCCCACCAUCUGCACAGCCGUAGGGACAGUCUGAACAGCUACAGACUCAGCCUGGACUCCAGUGACUCAGAUACAUCAUUGUAACACCACCUGAGGUGGCCUGGGGUCAGCUGUGGUCACCACAUCCAUACCCUGAAAGAACUAAAGGAUCUAGUGAUGGGUACUACUUGAACACCCAACACCUGCAAGCACCUCCAGUAGAGGACAUUGGCUCUGAAGAACGGUGUGUGGAUUUAUUCAACUCUGGGAUCAGUCUGGAUCCAACUUACAAGGUGGAAUGUUUACAGCAAAAAAUACAUUUUCUAGA